AUGGCGAGUGCCUCUGAACCUGUAACUGCAUCGCAGUUGGAGGGCUUAAUCAGUGAAAAGAUCAAGGCCAUUAUAGCUGCUGAACAGGCAGAGAAGUUGGUAGGAAAAAGUCGCCCGUACCCGACAGAAUACGAUCAAGUGCCCUAUCCAAAGGGAUAUUCUGUACCGAAGUUUAACAUCUUCGAUGGAAAUAAAAAUCCCAGGCAGCAUCUCGCACAAUUCAAAGCUACCUGUGGGAACACAGGGGGUAAUGAUGCUCUACUAUUCAGGAAAUUCACCUUCGCAGAACUAGAGGCCUUGUUCGUGAAAAGAUUUGCCAGUGCAAUAGAUAAGACUACUAUCGUUGAUCUUGCUCUCGAUAAAAGGAGAAAGGAUGAAUCAGUGACUAGAUACAUAACACGCUGGCGCAAUCUCAGUAUGAAGUGCGAGCAGCAAUUAGAAGAAGAACAUGCAGUUCAACUACUGAUGGGAAACAUUGAUGACAAAAUGCAACAUUUCUUGUGCAUGGCUUCAAUUACUACCUUCCAAGAUCUAUUGGAUAGGGUGGCAAAAUUUGAGAAGUUAAACUUAUCAAAGUCUGAAAGCCUCCCUGACAAACUUAAAAAGGCUAAGGCGCCUGAUGCUAGGAGAAAUGAUGUUUACUCCGCAUUCCCUCCUAGACCUGAUAAAAGUAAAAGGGCAGUAUAUAAUGUGGAUAAAGGAAAACAGCCUAUGCAGUAUGAAGAAAAAUAA